CCGGCGGCGGUGCCGGCGGCAGCAGCAGUGAGCCCGCUGGCGGAGGCGGCGGAGGCGGUGGUGGUGGUCGCGGCAGUGCUGCUGCCGCCCGCAGCGUGGCUCAGCUGGCGGAGGCGCUGUGUCGGCGGCUGCAUGCGGCGGUGGACGUGUUGCAGACGGUGGUGCAGACGAGGCUGGGCAGCCCGCCGGUCCUGGAGUGCCAGGUGGCAGUGCUGCUGCGCACCUACCGGCUGCUGGGCAGGCUGGCCAAGACACACCUGCCACUCAAGGGUGCUGCCGCCGCCUCCGCCCCGCCACCUCCCCCCGUCAGCCGCCCAUUCCAGGAGCUCGUCUCCCUGGUUCACCGGAACCUCACGCAGGGCGUGUAUGCGGCGGUGGGGGA